AUGGGCGAGCAUAACCUCCUGAAUCCCGGGUUUGUGGGGCCGCUGGUGAACAUUCACACGGGGGACACUUUCUACUUCCCCAACUUCCGCGCGUCGGGCGCGCAGCUCCCGGGGCUGCCUUCGCUGUCCUACCCGCGCCGCGACAACGUGUGCUCGCUGCCCUGGCCGUCGGCCGAGCCCUGCAAUGGCUACCCGCAGCCCUACCUCGGCAGCCCGGUGUCCCUCAACCCGCCCUUCGGCCGCACGUGCGAGCUGGCCCGCGUGGAGGAGAGCAAGGGCUACUACCGCGAGCCCUGCGCGGAGGGCGGCGGGGCCCUGAAGCGGGAGGAGCGCGGGCGCGAGCCCGGAGCGGGGCCCGGGGCCGCGCUGCUGCAGCUCGAGCCGUCGGGGCCGCCCGCGCUGGGCUUCAAGUACGACUACGCGGCGGGCGGCGGCGGCGACGGCGGCACCGGGCCCCCGCACGACCCACCCUCGUGCCAGUCGCUGGAAUCCGACUCCAGCUCGUCCCUGCUCAACGAGGGCAGCAAGGGCGCGGGCGCGGGCGACCCUGGCUCUCUGGUGUCGCCGCUCAACCCCGGCGGCGGGCUCUCGGCCAGCGGCGCGCCCUGGUACCCGAUCCACAGCCGCUCCCGGAAGAAGCGCAAGCCCUACUCGAAGCUGCAGCUGGCUGAGCUGGAAGGCGAGUUUCUGGUCAACGAGUUCAUCACGCGCCAGCGUCGGAGGGAACUCUCGGACCGCUUGAAUCUUAGUGACCAGCAGGUCAAGAUCUGGUUCCAGAACCGGAGAAUGAAAAAGAAAAGACUUCUGCUGAGGGAGCAAGCUCUCUCCUUCUUCUAG